GGCGAAGCUGGCGGCGGAGCGGGAGCGGGUGGAGGAUUUGUUUGAGUACGAAGGGUGCAAAGUGGGACGCGGCACCUACGGGCACGUCUACAAGGCGAGGCGAAAAGAUGGAUUCCAGGAGGGCUUCGUGUAUGGACUUCAAGCGUUGGAGGUAGCAGACUUUUCAGCAGAAGGAGUAUUGAGACCAAUUGAUGGAUCAGAGAUGGCCACUUGCUAGCGUUUAAGACCUGCAACAUAAUUCUUCAUGGUUGAUGGUUGACUUUUUACCUUCUGAUUUAUGUGCUGUGGUGAUUAGAGUUUCAGCUUUCAUUGAUAUUAUGAUUUGAGAUGACUUCAUAAAGACUGAAAAUUAAAAAUGCGCCUGCGGGAAGCAGUUUGAUGAUCUGGUGCUGGUACCAUCCGAUCCGGCUUGAGAAGUUCUUCCCUGAAGUGCAUUUAAAUUUUACUACUGAGCCUGGUUUUCUGGGAUAAAGCUUUCCUUUUAAGAAAAGAUGAAAAGGAAUAUGCGUUGAAGCAAAUUGAAGGCACAGGAAUAUCCAUGUCGGCUUGUAGAGAGAUUGCACAUAGCUAUUAAUAUCCUGUAUAACAUCGGUUGGAGCCGUGAUGGCGCAGUGGCUAAGAACUCGGCUGCUAACCAGAAGGAUGGCAGUUUGAAUCCACCAGCUGCUCACUGGAAACCCUAUGGGGCAGUUCUACUCUGACCUAUAGGGUUGCUAUGAGUCAGAAUCAACUGGAAGGCAACAGCUGUUCAGAGUUGCUUGUACACGAUUGGCGCCUGAGCCUAUAGACAAGCCAGCCAGGUCUGGCAGUGAUAGAACACAGUGGAUUCAGAGCUUCUCCCAGAUGAGACAAAAAUGCUCCCAGCUUUUGCGAGAAUUGAAGCACCCAAAUGUGAUCGCAUUGCAGAAGGUGUUCCUUUCUCACAGUGACCGCAAGGUGUGGCUGCUGUUUGAUUACGCAGAGCACGAUUUAUGGCAUAUAAUUAAGUUUCACCGUGCAUCAAAAGCAAAUAAAAAGCCCAUGCAGUUGCCAAGAUCCAUGGUUAAAUCAUUGCUUUACCAGAUUCUUGAUGGUAUCCAUUACCUCCAUGCAAAUUGGGUGCUUCACAGAGACUUGAAACCAGCAAAUAUCCUAGUAAUGGGAGAAGGUCCUGAGAGGGGGAGAGUCAAAAUAGCUGACAUGGGUUUUGCCAGAUUAUUCAAUUCUCCUCUAAAGCCACUAGCAGAUUUGGAUCCUGUAGUGGUGACAUUUUGGUAUCGGGCUCCAGAGCUUUUGCUUGGUGCGAGGCAUUAUACAAAAGCCAUUGAUAUAUGGGCAAUAGGUUGCAUAUUUGCUGAAUUGUUAACUUCAGAACCUAUUUUUCACUGCCGUCAGGAAGAUAUAAAAACAAGCAAUCCCUUUCAUCAUGAUCAACUAGAUCGGAUAUUUAGUGUCAUGGGAUUUCCUGCAGACAAAGAUUGGGAAGAUAUUAGAAAGAUGCCAGAAUACCCCACACUUCAGAAAGACUUUAGAAGAACAACGUACGCCAACAGUAGCCUCAUAAAAUACAUGGAGAAACACAAGGUCAAGCCUGACAGCAAAGUAUUCCUCUUGCUUCAGAGACUCCUUACUAUGGAUCCAACUAAGAGAAUUACCUCAGAGCAGGCGCUGCAGGAUCCCUAUUUUCAGGAGGACCCCUUGCCGACGUUAGAUGUAUUUGCUGGCUGCCAGAUUCCAUACCCCAAACGAGAAUUCCUUAAUGAAGAUGAACCUGAAGAGAAAGGUGAAAAGAAUCAGCAACAGCAACAGAACCAACAUCAGCAGCCCACAGCCCCCCCGCAGCAGGCAGCAGCCCCUCCACCGGCGCCGCCGCAGCAGCAGAACAGCACCCAGACCAACGGGACCGCGGGGGGCGCCGGCGCCGGGGCCGGGGGCGCUGGGCCCGGUCUGCAGCACAGCCAGGACACCGGCCUUAACCAGGUGCCUCCAAACAAGAAACCGCGGCUCGGGCCUUCAGGCGCCAACUCAGGCGGGCCUGUGAUGCCGUCAGAUUAUCAGCACUCCAGUUCACGCCUGAAUUACCAAAGCAGCGUUCAGGGAUCUUCGCAGUCCCAGAGCACACUCGGCUACUCCUCCUCGGCUCAGCAGAGCGCGCAGUACCACUCGUCUCACCAGACGCACCGGUACUGAGCCCCGUCCGCCCGGCCGGUUCAGCCCAGAGCACAGACUCAGCAAUACGAUGCCUGCGUUGAAAAGAACCAAAAAUGCCAGCUGUGAUGCCAGUUUAAAACUCACACAUUUAGAAGGAGAACUUAAAUACUGAGCAUUUUGCAGGUCUGAUACUUCUUCUUUAUCGACUUAAAGAAGAUUCUCGUGAAGUUUCCCGACACCCUUCCCCUGCAUGUGUUCCUUGUGAUUUCCCGAUGAAGCGUCUGAUCUAAUCCCAGCACUUAACUUCUGUAACCUUCAGCAUUUUUGGGAAGGAUUUCCUGGUGCACCUUUCUCAUGCUGUAGCAAUCACUAUGAUUUAUCUUUUCAAAGCUCUUUUAAUAGGAUUUUAAUGUUUUAGAAACAGGACUCCAACGGUGUAUAGUUUUAUACUUCAUGAACUGUUUUAGCAACACAGGUAAAAAAUGCACCUUUUAAAGCACUACGUUGUUUUCACAGGAUAUAACUGUUUUGCUCAUGGAAGUCUUAAACAGAAACUGUAACUGUCCCAAAGUACUUUAAUAUUGUGUUUUUAUUUAUCUAGUUUCAGGGAAGGUCUAAUAAAAAGGCAAGAGGUGGGACAGAGGGAACCUCCAACCAAAAACAGCCUAGAUCUUCACAGUUACUAUGCUUUAUGCUAUGAAGAACUGAAGUAUGUUGUAAUUUUUAUAUGAUCACUCAUAUGGAACUUAGUUCCAAGAAUCAUCAUCUUAUUCUGAAAUGUGUUCAGUAAUUAAGACUUAUAAUUUUUAACCUUCAUGUAGCUAAGUCUACCUUAAAAAGGGUUUCAAGAGCUUUGAUGAAAUAUAGUCCUCUGGUGACCUUGACCAGAAAGCUGCAAGAGAAUAUUAACUGCACUAGGAUUUCUUUAAGAAGGAGUAAUGUUGAUUAAAGGAUGUGUUGCUUGCCUUUGAAGGAAAAGCUUUUCGUGUGUAUUGUACAUAAAGUUGGCCUCUCUAAAGAACUGUCGAUUUCUUCACCUCUGGGUCAGCUUGAGUAACUUUCUUAAAUAAUCAAGGGUACUCAAAUAGAAGCCUGCAAAUUAAUCUGCUUUUAAAGAGGCAGUGUUAUCCAUUCAUAUUUACAUUAGACAUAGAGUGACUAUUUUUAAAGCAUGUUAAAAAUUUAGGUUUUAUUCAUGUCUAAAGUAUGUAUUAUGUAUGCAUAAUUUUGCUGUUGUUCCUGAAACUUAAUUCUAUCAAGAAUCUUUUCAUUGCACUGAAUGCUUUCUUUUGCCCCUAGGAGAAAACUUAAUAGUUGUGCCUAAAAACUAUGGGCAGAUAGUAUAAGACUAUACUAGAUAAGACGAAUAUUUACAUUUCCAUUAUCUAUGAAUUAGAGCCUGAGUUCGUUCUUAGCCAGUUUAGGGAGCCUCUUACUCCCUAGAGUCAGAAGGUAAUGUAAAGACUUAGAGCUCCCAUUGCAAUGUAAGAGCCAAGAAAUUUGUGUUCUUCUCAAUGCUACUAGCAGCACCAGCCUUGUUUUAAACAUUGUUUUUUUCUUGAGCUAGAAGAAAUAGCUGAUGUUGUAUAUGCAAACUGUAUGCAUCUUUUUUACUAUUCUUUGUGAACUUAUCUACCUGGUUAUGAUACUCUGGGUCCAUACACAAGCAAAAUAAGAUUUUAGACAGAAGCCAGUAUACCUUUUGCACUAUUGAUGUGAUCGUAGCCAGCAAGGACCUUACUGAUCUGAGCAUAAUAAUCCUUACUGAUAAUAAAGACUGUGUAGUGGCACUCAGCAAGAAUGAAGAUGAAACAGUUGACGUGCUCCAUUGGAAGGAAUUUCUGAUUGUCUUCAUGGUAGUUUAUCCCUUCUGUUUUUUAAAAUUAAGAAAUCAAUAGCCUUCUGUAUAAUGCAGCUACCUGUAUCAAGUUCCACCCUGUGCCCUGAAGCCUCACUGUCCAGAGCUAUCAGUCAGCAGAUGCUCUCUAUACCCACCGUCUCCAUGGGCUCAAUGCCAGGCUGGUGGUGGACACAAAGGAAGGGCAAGACACACUUCCAGUCCUUGAGGAGCUUUUAUGGUCAGCCUGGUGACAAUAAAUUACGCUCCCCUGGGAUGUCUGUGCCAUGAGCUAGGCUUAUAUGUGAGACCAUCUUAUGAUAUGAAGGUUCUGUUGUUUACUUCUAACCCUACUUGGAUGGAGUUAUUAUUCCAAACUCUGCUCAGUAGUAAACAGUGUUAUGGAGAGGUUUCUGUAUCAGUCCACCUUAAAGAAAGUCAGAGAUUAAAUACCAUACAAGGCAUUAGUGUAUAUUUUAAAUGUUCGCAGCAGCCUUUCAACAGCAAUUUAGUCGUCCUUGUAAGCAGAACACAAUUUACUAAGUGUAGGAAAUUACAAUGAAAAUAGCAGCUCCGUUCCUGUCCUCAAGGAGAGCAUACGUUUAAUAAAAGACAAACCCAAGUAUGUGCAUAAAUCAAAAUGCCAUGCCCCUUAAUCCUUUGUAAACAGCUUUGACACACAGUUCGUGUGGCGUGUGUUUAUGCAGUCGCAAGAUUACCCUGGGUUCGUUGCAUGUGAUAAACCUUACUGGCAGAACUGUUGUAUAAACUGUAGGGGGAUUUCAUCACUUCCUCUCAGUACACAGUGUUCUCCAGGACAAAGCCAGAAAUCCCCAUGACUAACAACUGAGUCUCUCUGGUCACUGGGCUGAUAGUGGCCCUUCCUCUUCUGUUUUUGCCUCAGGGUUGGUGAUGCCCACUGGUGUCUAUUACUCUUUAAAAUAAUUUGGUUUGUAAUUUCCUUUUCCCCAUAAAGGGGAACAAAGACUUGAACACACAUAACAGCCCUAAAACUGUUGGACCUCUGAGGAGACCUGUGAAGCUUUGAGGUUAAAAUUUACCUUUGUGGUCCUAAAAUGAUCCUAUUCAUCUUUGAAAAUUUUAUUAGAUGCAGUCAUGUCCCCUGGGGACACAGGGCAUAGGGCCACACUCUUCAAUGGACAAACACAUCUCGCAGCUUGUGGAACACCCACACCAGAGGAGGCCAUGGAAAUGAAGGAUUGAAUCAAAGUGAAAGCUUCCUGCUCUCCAUAUUACAACUUAGUUUUUGAGUUAGCUUUCUGGUGAGAUGUGUGUUUGGAAAAAUGGAUUUUAAACUUUCAAGACAGAUGAGCUUAAGGCUAAGGUAGCCUUGGCAGCAGGGCUGGUACUGUGAGGCUGAAAUAAUCCUUGUGAUGAAGGAGAUCAUGCAGUAACAUACAAAAACCAAGGACGUGUAUUUUUAUAUCUGUGUGGUUUUGAAACUUUAGUACUUCGAAUGUUAUCCUUCAGCACUACUCUUUUACAAAAAAUAAUUUACUCUUAGGAAUAGAAGGGAUGACUUUUACUACAUGUUCACUGCCUCAUUUGUGGAGAAGCAACUGCCAGCUGUAUGCCUCUAAAAUGAUGCCGUUUUCUCUGCUAAAGGUAAAAGGAAAAAAAAAAAAAAAGUUGAAAAAUAAGAUCAGAGCUUGAUCUGCUUUGAAGAAAUUUAUGUAGCAGAAACUAUACAAUGAAGGAAGAAUUCUAUCAAAAUUGCAAAUCUUAAACUCUGCGAUGAUACCUUCCUAGGAAAUGAAGGAGACAGCAACAUGGCAGUUAGAUUAAAGGAGGCUUGAAGGAUUCAAGUACAAGUGAUAUUUUAUAUAAAACAUAGCAGUAUGGGUCCCCAUAAUCUUCAAGAAUAGUCACAAAUAUCAGAAAGCAAAGUUCAUUGUUUUAGGAUUUUUUAAAAAUGUGUUGUACCUAAGGCCAUACUUACUCUUCUAAGCUAUCACUGCAAAGGAGUGAUAUGUAUGUAUUAUAUGAAAAAAAAAAAAAAUCCUUAAUGCACUGUUAUCUCCUAAAUAUUUAGUAAAUUAAUACUAUUUAAUUUUUUUAAAGAUUUGUCUGUGUAGACACUAAAAGUAUUACACAAAACCUGGACUGAAGAUGUCCUUUUUAACCACAAUUUAAAGUACUUUUUAUAUAUGUUAUGUAGUAUAUCCUUUCUAAACUGCCCUAGUUUGUAUCUCCCAUAAUUCCUAUUGUGAAGUGUACCUGUCCUCGUCUCCUCUUGCGGUAGUUUUAUGCACGCAUCCCCCUUUCUGUGAUGAUAUAGACAACUGUGUACGCUUCCCCAUGCUCCGCUGCCAGGUGGGUGCUCCAGCCGGCUGCACCCAGGGAGGCCCACCCCGCGGGGUGUAGGAAGAGCCAUGCUUUGCAGCUGAGCAUUCCCCACUUUUGAGUUGUCCUAAUAUCCUUCUUGAAAUGACUGUUAAAACUAAAAUAAAUUACAUUGCAUUUAUUUUAUAUUCUUGGUUGUAAUAAAAUUUAAUUGACUUUGUUUCUGUGUGAAUUUUUUUUUAAUUGUGAUAAAAAUACAUAGAACAUUUGCCAAGUCAACAGUUUUUACACAUGCACUUCAGUGAUGUUGAUUAUGUUCAUCAUGUUGUACAACCAUUACCACUAUUCUUUUCCAGACUAUUCCACCACCAUUAACAGAAGCUCAGGAUCAAAAUACCAUGCCCCUUAAUACUUUGUAAACAACUUUGAUAUACAGUUCUUGUGACAUGUGUUUAUGCAGUCACAAGAUUACCGUGGUUUCGUUGUAUGUAAUAAACUUUACUGGCAGAACUGUUGUAUAAACUGUAGGGGCAUGAAUCCCCUUCUUCCCCUCCCUUUCCAGCCCUGGUAACUACUGAUAAACUUUGACCUCCAUACAUUUGCCUAUUUCAUGUAAGUGGGAUCAUACGGUAUUUGUCCUUUGGUGACUGACUUAUUCCACUCAGCAUAAUGUUUUCAAAAUUCAUCCAUGUUGUAAUAUUUUAAAUAUUGAAAAACUCUUGUAAUAAGUUUUUAGUGUUACUGUUUUAUCUGUGUACCUAAAAGCUUUUAAGAGUACACUUAUCCUGCAGUGAGUACAAAGUCUACUUGUGAGUUGUAGUUAAUUAUUUUAUUCAGGAUACUUAUGAUGUCAUAAAACCACGGAAGCAAAAAUCUCAUAAGUAAAAUUACAGGUUUUUUUUAACAGCUCUGAGGAAAGCAUUUUUUUUUAAUAAAAAUUAGAAUGAUGUUUUAGAAAAAACACGCUGCAUUUUAUGGGCGGGUUGGGAGUUCCUCUUUUUAUGAGAGCAUUCUGUUGGAGCCCUGGUGGCACAGUGGUUAAGAGCUUGGCCGCUAACCAAAAAGGUUUGCAGUUUGAAUUCGCCAGUCACAACUUGGAAACCCUAUGGGGCAAUUC